AUGGGGCUCCGCUCCCACUCAAAGUCUCGUCGACUCGGCUUUUCGUCUUGCACCUUCGCCUUUCUCGCCUCGUCAGCCGCUGCCAUUCCAUACACACCCUCAUCCAUAUUCCUCGCACCGCAAUACAAUGAUUCACUGGCCUACCUCCUCCGGCCGAGUAGUUCGAGCGCGGGCGGAGCGCAGCUCCUCUCCCUCAAUAUCUCUUCCAGUAUUGAUAUCAGCAACACAUCAUUUACCCAGCUCCUCGAGAAAACACCGUUUCAAAGUACCGACCAGACAGCUACCUUUCUUCCCGUUAUCGAUGACCGAGGCGUGAUCACAGUCUACACAGGGAGCUGCCAUAACUCAUCUGAUCAGCAAGAAGUAUGGCAAUUUCACUCCGACAAAAAUAGCACCACGGGCAAUGGAACAUGGGCUCAGGUAUCGGUCGAGUCCGGUGGGGAAGAGACAAAACCAAAUUACCUGGCCGCGGGGUUUACUUUUACAGCGACAAACAGCAGUGAUAGUUCCAUGUAUAGCUUCGGUGGAAUGUGUCCCUUUGCAAAUAGCACGGACCAAACUUGGACAUCCGAUGCCGACUACUCACAAUCGAUGGUUGCCCUAGCUCCGAACUCAAAAAAGACGACAUACGAUGCGACAACAAUUGGAACCCGAGCGCCUCCUAUUGCAGAGGCCGGAAUGGCUAUUGUAUCUCUUCCUGCCGCAUACUCGAAAACGGAGACGCAGCAGGACUUCUUGUUGAUUGGUGGGCAUACCCGACAGGCCUUUCUCAACAUGUCCCAGCUGGCCAUAUUCUCUUUGCCGCAGGAAAGCUGGAGCUUUGUCACCGUUUCCUCGCAGAAACAAGCAAGGACGGAGUUAGCUAUUCGAGAUGAGCCUCUGGUAACACCUCGAUCGGGCCAUGCUGCUGUUCUUUCAGAGGAUGGUACGAAAGUAUUUGUCAUUGGAGGUUGGGUUGGUGACAUUUCGACGCCGGCCGACCCUCAAGUUGCGGUCUUGGAAGUUGGUGCAAGCUAUGGUGGGUCUGGAGACUGGACAUGGUCCGUUCCGUCCUCUUCGACUGGCGAUGCUGGAAUUACUGAGGGGACUGGGAUAUACGGCCACUCGGUGGCAAUGCUCCCAGGAGGCGUCUUGAUGAUCGCCGGCGGGUAUACCAUUCCAAAACAAUCCACAAAGCGGUCAUCUACGGAAGACAACUCCAAGGUCUAUCUCUACAAUUCGACAUCUGGUGGCUGGGUCACCACGUACACCAAUCCCUCCGCUCAAACUACCACCUCUACGUCUUCAUCACACAAGCACGGACUCUCAUCAUCCCAAAAGAUUGGACUUGGAGUUGGAUUGGGACUUGGAAUCCCGCUCGCAAUCUUCGCCAUUGUCAUUGCAUGGAGAUACUACCAGAAACGCAGGGUCCUGAAUCACCGUGACUCGCAGCUCCGUGAACUUGCCCUAGGGGCUGAGCGCCCUCAUUUUUGGGGACGUGGUGACCCACUAGCAGCCAGUAGCAUCCGCAGUUCUCAGAUGAGUGAGAAGAAGGAUCCAUCUUAUCCCUGGUCGGGAAACCACAGUACAAACUCACGGCCUAUCUGGAAAGGCAACGAUCAAAACGAAAGAUAUGAUUUGCUUGUGGAGGUACCCAGUCCGGAUAAGAAUAUUCGCCCAGAUUCUCGCCCAAUCAACACAUCCGCACUCACCGGAGCUAAGCCUUACAGAAUGUCCAUGUACUCUGAUUGGCGUCGGAGUGAUGCUACGGGCGAGAUCCACCCCAUCGAUGAGCGCGAGGAGGACGAAGAGAUCCUCCGAGAACGCCUCAUGUCAACAAUCCCUAAAGAAGAGCAACAAAGGCCCCAGACUCACGAUUCCGACGACCCAUUCUCAGAUACUCCUUUCGCCACUCCCCGAAGCACCAUCUUCGGUGUGGGACUUGGUCCUUUCUAUACUCACAGGAAGGACAUGGGUGCUACUGAUGUUGACGGCAAUGUGUCCCCAACGAAGAGUGAUCGAACAUCUACCAACCUCUCCGACUCUUCAGCUUUCUCCUUCUCUUCCACCAAGUCUACAAAGCCAAUUAGCCAAGUCCCGCAAGCGCGGGUCAUUUACGUCGACAGGGACAGGCCUCUUAGCUGGGCCAGCAGUGGCGGCCACUCCAUCGAAGGCGUAGCGGCAUCGACACACAGCAGAGAGACAGCCCACAGCGACGUGGACGGCAUGACCGCUCCAUCAGAGAAGUCAUACUCAGCCGACUCCUACUCGACUGCGCGCACCACCAUCGCCGAACGCCAAGCUGAAAAUACAUCCCUCCUCUUCGACGCCGAUCAGAGCAUUUCCACCGACCCCUCCUCCGCACCCUCACCCUCCAAACUCCCUCCUUACUCGAAGCCCAGGCCAUCAGAAUGGAUGAUGCAGACUGUUCGCCGCGCUCUAACAAUUACCCGGCGGAGCCCUACAAACCAACUCAAAUCCGAGACCGAAACUGCCCCGCUGGCCUCUGGCGUUGACCGUCGCAGUACAGUGCUCGGCCCCGGCCCACACCUGUCCAAUGGCAGUGCUAUCACGCCCCGUCGUGCAGUCUCGGCUUCGGCAGAGCUGUUCCGGCGUAAACAGGGUGCUAAGGACUGGAAUGCUCAGAAGCGUAUGUCGGAGAAUUAUACUCUGGCUCGCUCGACACGCGACGAUCUGUUCAUCGGUGCACCGGGCUACCUCGGUGACGAUGAUACUAUGGAAGAGGAGGAGGAGGAAGAAGAAGAUUGGGAUGUCGAGGGUGCGGCUGAAGGUCGCAGUGUACAGGUUACGUACACUGUUCCUCGGGAAAAGCUGCGUGUUGUCAAUGCCUCUGCGGCUGAUAAUAUCUCCGAGCGCAGUGUCACUCGCACUCUUAGUGGUCGUCGCUAUGUAAGCGGAUAA